CUUUGGUAACUGCGUUAAAACUGUAUGUAGAAAACGACACCAGCAUAUUCCCCUACAAAAAAUAUACGGGUUGAUACGGAAACUGAAAGAUGAACGGGACAACCCGUUUGAAAAUCGGAGAUAUCAACAAAAAUCUGAUUUGUGUAUUGUGUGAAGGUUACUUUAUUGAUGCCACUACUAUUAUAGAAUGUUUACAUUCCUUUUGCCGUACGUGUAUUGUGACUUACCUGAAAACCAGCAAGACGUGUCCAGUGUGUGACACUGUUGUCCACAAAACUAGACCACACCAGAACAUAAGGUCAGACAAGUUGUUACAAGAUCUGGUUUACAAACUGGUUCCAGGCUUAUACAAAGAUGAAAUGCGUCGGAGGCGAGAGUUCUACACGACUCAUUAUGAAGCCGCACCCAAGAGGGCGGGGGAGGAGAGAGGGGAUGAGAUGAGUGACAGAUUCGCCUACACAGAGGAGGAGAAGAUUAGCCUAGCCUUACACUUUUGUCCUGAUGGUGCAAGCGACCGUGUAGACUUCCGUCGAGUUUUCACGACCAAAGAAGACUUGAAGACUAGGAUCGACAGAAGGAUUAAGGAGGCCGUGGAUGUGAGAUACUUACAGUGUAAGGCUGCUGUUACAGUGGGCCAUCUGAAGAAAUUUGUUCGCCUCAAGUACAACCUUCCUGUACACUAUCAGAUCGACAUGUUUUACAAUGAUGAACCCUUGAGAAACAGCUUGACUCUUUGUGAUGUUGCUUAUAUAUUUAACUGGAGGAGGAGAGCCCCACUGUCCCUGACAUUCUGUGUCUUUGAAGGCCCAAACCCAAAGAAACGCAAGAUGGAGGAGGUCAAGCAGCUGAACACAAACUUAACUGAAGAACCAAAGGUCAAGGCUGAAAAACUGAGCAGUGAGACAGAAAUGUCUCUCUCACAACUCACUGAUACACUUCCUCAGUUACAAGACAAACACAAAGGACUAUCCAGUGUUGUGCCUCAGAAAAAAUCAAAAGCACAGCCUGUUUUAUCAAAAGCAAUGCCUCCAUCAAAAACUGAUGACAAAUCAAAGGGAUUCUCUAGCAUAAUGUCUCAGAAAACAUCAAAACCACAGCCAGUUCCAAAAUCAAAUGAAAAAACUAAUGGAUUUCCUACCACAACUCUUCAGAAAACAUCAAAAACACGGCCAGUUUUAGUAAAAACACAGCCAAAUUUAACAAAAAUGCAGCCAGAUUUUGCAAAAGUACAGACAGAUUUUGCAAAAACACAGCCAGAUUUUGCAAAAACACAGCCAGAUUUUGCAAAAACACAGCCAGAUUUUGCAAAAACACAGUCAAUUUCAAAACCGGAUGAAAAACCUAAUGGCUUGUCUGAUUUAGCAAAAACUCAGCUAGCUUUAGCAAAAACUCAGCCAGAUUUAGUAAAAACACAGCCGGAUUCAGCAAAAACUCAGCCAGUUUUAGCAAAAACACAUCCGGAUUUAACAAAAUCACAGUCCAUUUCAAAACUGGAUGAAAAACCUAAUGGCUUGUCUAGCAUAAUACCUCAGAAAACAUCUAAAGCACAGUCUGUUUUAGCAAACCCCCAGCCUGUUUUAAAUACAGAUGAUAAACUUAAUGCAGUCUCUAGCAUAAUACCUCAAAAAACAUCAAAAGCUGGGUCUGUUACAAAAUCUGAUCCCAAAUCUAAUGGAUUGCCCAGCACUGUACCUCAGAAAACACCCAAAGCACUCUCUGUUACUAAAACAGAGGAGAAAGCUAGAGGUGACAUGACACCCCAGAGAGUUUUAUCUAAGCCAAGCAAGCCAAAAUCCUCUGUGACAAAACCUUCCACGACACAGCAGGCCAUCACUGGGCCACCAGUCUGUGGCCUGUCUACAGAUGGCCAGCAAGCAGCGCCAGAGGAGAGGCCAGCAGAAGCCAGACCAGCCAAGCACAGCUUGCCUGGGGUCAUCAAGCACCACUACUCAGAUUCCCACCAAGUCCAGUCUAAGACCAACAACUCUGGGAAACAGUUGAAGGAUACAUCUCUUGUGAAACCAGUAGCUCCAUUACCACAAGCCCCUGCAUCAACAGCUCUGUCAUCUCAAGUCCCUGCACUAGCAGCUCCAUCACCACAAGCCACUGCACCAGCAUCAGCUGACACUAAAGACACAAGACCAGAGCCAUCUCCUAGACUCAGCCAUCCACCUAGUCAGCCCACAAGCCAGGCCUGUUCUGUGGCUACUGCUACACAGCUUGUGUCUUCCAGCUGUCUUGAGCCCACCAGACCUGUCCCUGCCAACACAAAACCUUCUAGAACUGCCAAACAUAGAGCUGAUGCCAGACCUCCUGGCAAGUCUCUGCUAGGGAAAAGACAGGCCAAUGGUCCUGUGCUUAUAGCUCCAGCCCCAUCUAAGCUGGCCACCACCCAGAUGAUGGGUUUAUCUGGGUAUCUCCAGCUUGAAACUAAACAGCUCAGAACACAGCAGAUGAUUUCACUCUACCCCGCGUUUCAUGGGGCAAGUACAGACAAAUCCAGUGUUCAGUCUUCUAAGCAUCCCUUCUCUGUGGCGUCCAUGUUAAAAACUAGCAGUGUUCAAGCAGAGAGCAGCACACUCUCUAGAAGCAACAAGCCAGUCUCUCUCACCCUGGCUCCAGUCAGCUCAUCUACCUCAUCUUCUGUCUCCCCUGUCCUAUCUAGGCCAGCUGCUCAGGUCAGAGUUCAACACAAGCCAGCACCUGAGUCAAGCCAGACUGUUUCAUCUACUUCCAUAGCAUCCCCUACACCUGCUGCCUCGGCCUCCCCCACCCCUGCAGCGGUACCAGUCCAGCAGUCCCAGACACAGGGGUCAGACACAGCCCACUUGACCCCGGUCACCAGGGCACCUACGCCUGAGGGAAGAUCCUUUAAACCUUCUCUAUCUGUUGAACACAAAGCUGAGACUUGCUCUCAACCACCACACUCCAGUACCAGUGAACCCAUCGCUGUCAAGUCACCAACCUCACCGCCAUCCUCCUCACUGUCAUCCACCUCGCCAUCAUCCACCUCAUCAUUAUCCACCUCACCAUCAUCCACCUCAUCCUCACCAGAGUCCAGCAACCAGCCAUCCACACAGAGUCCCAGCCCUAAUGGUUCUAGUCAGUUAAAGAAACAGGUGGCCCAGAAGAAAAAAAUAGCCGACAUAGCCAACACUUUACUGAGAAAUCAGAACUGUAAAGGCAGCAGUGUGAGGAAAAGCUCAUCUCCCAGCCUGAAAACUCUGUGCCAGCCCACUCUGUAUGAGGGCUCUGUCAUGGGCCGCCAUGAGCUGGCCAUCAAACAAACACUGCAGAAUGUCCCCCCUACUAGUGGGGGGAGAUCCUCACUUGCUGAGGCUGAAGAACCAUUGAACUUAGUCAAGAGAGAUAAAGAUGUUAUGCGACUUUCAAAUGGGGUCUUGAGGUCCUAGUUGACCUUAUCUGUACUGCUAAUCUUGAGGUGACUCUACAAGUCUUUCUAUUUCUGCCUUUCAUCUCUUUGUUUGAUAACUUGUGUCUUUGUCUGAUGUUUAAACACAUCAAAAUACUCUUUACAUCCUUGCUUAACUCUAUGAUCUCUAUGCACUUCCUACACACUUCCUACACACUUCCUACACACUUCCUACACACUCUACACAUUUUCUACACACACUGUACAUGCUAUACAUGCU